AUGCCUGAGGAGCACCCGCAAGGACAGCCUUCGCAAGGAUACUCUAUACAGAAGCAAUCAAGGCAGUCCAUGCAGCAGUCCAUGCAGCAGUCCAUGCAGCAGUCCAUGCAGCAGUCCGUGCAGCAAGUAUACGAAGUAAAUGAGCCCCAGGGUCAAGAGCAUCUGGUACCCGAGGCAUACCGGACACAGCGUUCGUGCGAGCACCGCGGGAAGAAAGUGAAGCGGAGAGCGAGUAAAGAAAAAGCGGAGGGCGAAGGGUUCCUUUGCGGUCGUUCGUCAUCCCCGGUACGUCUUGUGGACUGCAUGGCUGAUGUGUGGACGACUUUGAGAAACCGUUGCGCCAAUUUGGGGACGGGGAACAAGAUGUCCAAUUUGGACAGUGUGAGUGAUGAUGGAAAUGAGCAGGCAGUUUUCGGGCACGCGGGUCAAAGAGCCUCCGGGACGGCUCAGGUACAUCCGCGGUGUGUCCAGCACAGUGGCGCUGGAUAUGGAACGCAGUCUGGCGAGCAAUAUGACUACUACGGCGCACAUGACGGUGCCCUUGACGACAUUUAUUUGGCGAAUUUACCUACCCCCGUGAACGACUGUUCGAGACAACAAUUGCAGCCACUCUGCGCUGUGGACGCCUUCUACGGUCUUAGUCUCCGCGCUCGAGGACAAGCCUCACCCGUCGCACGUCACCUGGAAUCAAAAAUCCCGCAAAUGAAUAAAGCCGAGAAGGCACGCGUCGACCAACUCGAAAGCAGUGGCGGAGUCAGUGUCUGCAGCGCCGAACUGGCCAGCAAACAAUUCAUUGAUAUCUACCUCCACAAACGGAGGAAGGAACAAACUAGAGGCUCCAGUUGCCUCAACUUCUACUAA